AUGUCUAUCCCUAACUUUGAGGACAUUACCAAGUCGGCCAACGACUUGCUCACCAGGGAGUUCUACCACCUGGCUGCCGGCACCCUCGAGGUCAAGAGCAAGACCCCCAACAACGUUGACUUCAAGGUCAAGGGCAAGAGCACCCACGAGGGCGCCACCAGCGGAUCUUUGGAGGGCAAAUUCGCAGACAAGUCUCUCGGCCUGACCCUUACCCAGUCAUGGAACACCGCCAACGCUCUCGAGUCCAAGCUUGAGCUUAACGACACCCUCGCCAAGGGCCUCAAGCUCGAGGGUCUCUUCGGCUUCCUGCCCGCCACCAGCGCCACCGCCGCCAAGCUGAACCUGCACUUCAAGCAGUCCAACGUCCACGGCCGUGCCUUCUUCGACCUCCUCAAGGGCCCCACCGCCAACGUCGACGCCGUCAUCGGCCACGAGGGCUUCCUCGCCGGUCUGUCUGGUGGCUACAACGUCCAGAAGGCCGCCAUCACCACCUACAGCGCCGCCGUCGGCUACAGCGCCCCCCAGUACACCGCUGCCGUCACCGCCACUGACAACGCCAGCGUCUUCGCUGCCAGCUAUUACCACAAGGUCAACAGCCUGGUUAAGGCCGGUGCCAAGGCCAGCUGGAACUCCAAGAUCGGUAACAGCGUCGGCCUUGAGGUCGCCACCAAGUACCGCAUCGACCCCCUGUCCUUCGUCAAGGGCAAGAUCAACGACCGUGGUGUUGCCGCCGUUGCCUACACCACCCUCCUCCGCCCCGGUGUCACCUUUGGCAUCGGUGCUUCCUUCGAUACCCAGAAGCUCGACCAGGCCACCCACAAGGUCGGCACCAGCUUCACCUUUGAGUCUUAA